UAGUGGCAUCGAUAUCGGAAUGUCCUACGUAUCAAUGCUACACCGUUCAUUAACGGCCCAACGCUCGAGGACGCAACAUUGUCUCUUUGAUAUCGGUUUGAUCAAUUGCAGAGCAGGGGGGGCUACAACAGCAGUAGCGAGGGCGGAAACACGAUGACUAAAAUCGCCGGCAGCGACACCGGCAGCGAGAGCAGUAGCUCCAAGGAUCCGAAGAAGACUUACCCAGUUUCCAUUUACCACUACCAAAACGCACAGACCAUCACCUUGGGCAGCUUCAUCGAUAAUCAGUUUUUCAAGCAACCAAAAAAAAAUUCGGGCAAAUCUCAGAGGGUCUUGAAACAGCUGUCGGAGCGAAAGCUUAUGACACCAACUGAGCCAUUGAAUCCAAUCCAACCUGUGAAUCCGAAGGGCCAAAAAAAUCCAAUGGGACCUGUGAAUCCAAUGGACCAAGAAAUAUUACAGGAGUCAGUGAACCCAAUGGGCCAAAUUGAACCAAUUCGCCCACCGAAUCCGAUGGGUCAAAUGAAUCCAAUGGAGCCAGGGAAUUCAAAUAGACAAAUGAACCCAAUGGGGAUAGUGAAUCCAAAUGGCCAAAUGAAUUCAAUGAGCCAAAUGAACCCGAUGGACGAUAUGAAUCUGAUGAGGGGACCAGUGAAUCCAAAUGGUCAAAUUUAUCCAAAGGAGCUAGGGAAUCAAAAGGGACAAAUUAAUCCAAUGUGGCCAGAAAAUCCAAAUGACCAAAUUAAUCCAAUGUGGCCAGAAAAUCCAAAUGACCAAAUGAACCCAAUGGGGCCAGUGAAUUCAAAUGACCAAAUGAAUUCAGGUAGCCAAAUGAAUCUGAUGGCCAAAAUGAAUAUGAUGGGGAGGCCAGUGAAUCCAAAUGGUCAACUUAAUCCAAUGGAGGCAGGGAAUCCAAAUGGCCAAAUAAACCCAAUGGGGCCAGUGAAUCCAAAUGACCAAAUUAAUUCCAUGAGCCAAAAGGAUCUGAUCGACCAAGUAAAUCUGAUGGUAAAAAUGUGUAUGAUGGGGGUGUCAGUGAAUCCAAAUGGCCAAAUAAAUCCCAAGGGGCCAGUGAAUUCAAUGGAGCUAUUGAAUUAUCUAAGGGAGGCAGUGAAUCUAUUGGGCAAAAUGAAAACAACGGGGCCAACAGAUCCAAUGAAGCCCACGGACCCAAUGGAUGGGGAGCACCAGCACCCCAUGAAGCCCACGGAGCCAAUGGAUGGGGAGCACCAGCACCCCUUACUUGGUUCGCAAAGUGAUGCUUCGCCAUUUGACGACCCGAUGACGUUGCCUAUCGAUCUCGACGAUGACCUACCCGAUGAGCCGGUGUAUUUCGAUGCUCCCCGGGACUUGACGAAACCACUCACACCAUAUGUCGAGUCAUUGAUACAGACAUCCGCUAGAUUGCGGCGAAACCCAUUGGGUCUGAACUUUAUAGAAGAUGACGACAGUUCCGAUGAUGAGGAUACGUUUGCUAACCAAACGCUGAAACCCAUUGGUUACGAGAUGCUGAUGGCCAGGAAGCACAAGGAAAAUAUUGAACUCAUCUGCCGCUACCAUGAGGAGCAGGUGGUACUUAAGGUCCGCACCAUCGCGUUUAUAUGGGAGAACUAUAGAAGCGAUAGCACGCUGCCGCCAAACAAGACUAUUUGGAGUGUGGAGCGCCAUGAGCUCAAGCCAAGACAUGUGCCACCCAAUCCGCCGGCCCAGUCAAAUCCAACCAAUUCGAUGCCCUCGAACGUGACGGCCCCUCCGACAUACUGGAUUCAGAACAACUAUCCCAUGCAGCAUGCCAACUUGCAUCCCAAUAAUCAGUCGGCUCCGGCAACUGAAGUCCAGUACCUAAAUGAGAACUGGUGGCACAAUGCCAACUACAUGAACUUCUUUGCUAAUAUGGACCACAUCUUGGUCAACCUGUCGCAGAUGGAGCUGUACGCUGCCCAGAUGUACAACGUGUACGGCGAGGCGUUCUUCGAGACAGCCAUUGGCAGAUACUUCCCGGGAGACCCUACCGGCUCCUCCCCGCCAUUUGGUGAGAUUCAGCUCCAGUUCAUGGAGCGGAUCCGCAAGAUCCAUCAUAUCAAUACGAUUAAUAAGAUCAAUCAGAUCCAUCGGAUUCAACAGCACCAACAGGAACCCCAGCAGUUCCAACAGUCGCCGCAGUUCCAACAGUCGCAGCAGUUCCAACAGUCGCCGCAGUUCCAACAGUCGCAGCAGUUCCAAAAGUCACAGCAGUUCCAACAGUCGCAGCAGUUCCAAAAGUCAAAGCAGUUCCAACAGUCGCAGCAGUUCCAACAGCGGCAGCAGUUCCAACAGCCGCAGCAACAGAUGCAGCAGCGUUCGCGCAACUAUUCAUCGGACCUCCAAGUGAUGGGGCAUAAAAUGGACAGGACAUUACCAGGACAUCGCCAGGUGCAACACGAGAAUCAGCCGAACAUGCGCUACUCAAGAGCUGGAGAGGAAGGACCACUUCCAGGACGCUUUGCUGGAGGCGAAGAGUUUGGCGGAUGCAAGCCAAAUCCCGGUCUAAAUGCUGCAAAGCCUCGUUUUAAUAACAUAAUUGAGUCGGAGCGCCAAGAAAGUGACUCUGAUGGGCGUUGGUGCUAGAGCAUCGGAUGGAAAGAAAGAUGAUCUCAAAAAACUGGAAGAUCUCGCCUUGAUCAAAACACACUUCCCACCGCUACUUAGUAACCAAAUUUGGUAAAUCUCAGGGGAACAGGACAACGUGAAACAGAAAUGUUGAAAACAUCUAUUUGUGGCCUAAAUAUAAGAGCCUUCUUUUGUAUACCCUUGAAAACAGAAUUGCAUUUACACAUAUGUAUCUACAUAUUGUUAACAGAAAACAAAAUUUUAUUUGCACAGAUACGAGAAACUUUUGCUAACAAAAAAAAGAAAUUCAUUUACACACAUAUGUAUGUAUCUACAUAUUGUUAACAGAAAACAAAAUUGCAUUUGAAAAGAUACGAAAAAUUUACACACAUAUGUAUCUACAUAUUGUUAACAGAAAACAAAAUUGGAUUUGAAAAGAUUCGUGAAUCUUUUGCUAACAGAAAAAAAGAAAUUUCAUUUACAUACAAAUUUAUUGGUAACAGAAAAAAGAAUUGCACUUACAAGAUAUGUGAGUAAAUGUAAUCCUUUUUCUUUUUUAACAAAAAAAAAAUUUUUAUUUACACAGAUACGAGAAUCUUUCGUAAGUGAAAAUGAAUUUUAAUUUACACACAAAUCUUUUGUAACAGAAAAAGGAAUUCAUUUACACACAUAUAUUGAUAAUAGACAAAAUAAUUGCAUUUACAGUCAUACGCAAAUCUAUUGUUAACAGAAAAAAAAUUGCAUUUACACAAAAAUUCCAUUAACAAAAAGAAUUUCAUAUAUACACAAAUCUAUUGUUAACAGAAAACAGAAUUUAAUUCACCAUUUUUUAUAAACACCUAAUAAAUCCACCGAACAUGCAUCAAAAUGCUUGACUCGUGUGGAAGAUAAGUUUGCUACGAUGUAUACAAUAUCGCAGGUUCGUGAUCAAUUUCGUGAUUACAAUUUUGUGAUAGCUAGUUAUCAAUCCCUUCCUAUACAAUUUCAGGGACUAAAGCCAAACAGAAUUAUAUUUACAUUUUUUAUACAAACUACUGAUGACAAUAAAACCUUUACUACAAAAUA